CGGUGACGGAGCAAAUCCGAAAACUAGCAAAACAGCACACAACGAGAUUUUGGUCUCUCGGAAAGCUCCUGUCUUCUCAAAGUUUUUUAUCAGGGAAAUGCGGUCAUAUUGUUUAUACCAUUUUGAUGUUGGAACGGUGGGAGUACUUAUAGUUUUCUGCAUUUUGCUGUUUGCGAAAAGCUGCUACAGUGACGCCGACGAUGUGGUUUUGGAGAAAACCCAACUUUCCGAACUAUACAGUCAAGGUACUUUCAUUCUGGAGAGCGUUCAGCUCAACCGUUGUGUCAGCUUGGACCAGUCCAACCUGGUUCUGGAGAGCUGCGAGAAGCCGACCCGGUCCAUGCUGUGGAAGUGGGUGUCCCGCCACCGCCUCUUCAACCUGGGCAGCAGCCUGUGUCUGGGGCUGAACACCAGCGACCCCCUGCAGCCGCUGGGCACCUACGAGUGCGACGUGCCCCUCCGGACCCUGUGGUGGCGCUGCAGCGGGAACACCCUGUUUGGGGCGCACCAGCUGAAGCUGGCCGUCACCGGAAGCCUCGUGGUGGCCAAGAGGUCCGCUUACCACCAGUGGAGGAGGUUCUCCACCUCCGGGGAGGGGCCCUGCGCAUACCCUUACGAAGAGAUCCACACUCUCUUGGGCAAUGCGCACGGCAUGCCCUGCGCUCUGCCCUUUAAGUACAAUAACAAGUGGUACUCCGAGUGCACUGCCGAGGGCCGGGAGGACCAUCGUCACUGGUGCGCCACCACCAGCCGCUACGACCAGGAUGAGAAAUGGGGCUUCUGUCCAACUCCAGAGUCUGGCUGCGGCAUGUUCUGGGAUGUGAACCAGGAAACGAAAGCCUGUUACCAGUUCAACCUGUAUACCAUCGUGACAUGGAGCCAGGCACACUCCUCAUGCAAAGCUCAGGGAGGCAACCUGCUGAGCAUCACUGACCUGGUGGAGCAGAGGUACAUAACAGAGAGGCUGAAUGAAGUGGGGGUGAUCGUGUGGAUCGGUCUGAACCAUCUGGAGGAGAGGGCAGGCUGGCAGUGGUCAGAUGGAGCGCCCCUAGUCCUGGUCAACUUCGUCGCAGGCAUCUCGGGCGUGUUGGGCCAGGAGAGCAGGCAGUGCGGCGUGUAUAACUCAGCCUCGGGGCACCAGUGGCAGAGCUUGGACUGCGAGUCGGCGCUGCCUUACAUCUGCAAGAAAACCCCCAAUGACAGCCGGACAGCCGAGCCCUUCGAGCACUGGCAGUACUAUCGCACGGUGUGCGCCGCCGGCUGGGUGCCCCACAACCGCUUCUGCUACCAGGUCCUGUCGGAGCCGCGGAGCUGGGCGGAGUCGUCCGCCUCCUGCCGGGCCGUAGGAGCCAACCUGACCAGCCUCCACUCCCUGGCAGACAUGGAGCUUCUCCUCAGUCUGCUCAGCAACUUUUCAGGCUCUGGAUCAGAAGUGUGGAUCGGUCUGAACAACCAGACCUCACCUGCCUUCGAGUGGUCGGAUGGCUUGCCUGUGGACUUCACUCCCUGGCACAGAUGGGAGCCCAAUCUCCGCCAAAAUCUCACACGGUUUUGUGUCAAAGCAAACAAGGAUGAAGGGAACUGGCUGCUGGCUUCCUGUGAUGAAAGGCUCCCUGCAGUGUGCAGGAGGGCAGGCCUUCUCCCUCUACACCACACUGGCUCUUGGGAUGAGGGCUGCCCCGAGGGUUGGAAGAGGAGAGGUCACUUCUGCUACAAUGUUACAGAUCAUUUACAUGGCUAUGAAGAUGCUGUCAGAGGCUAUUACUGCAAAGCACCUCUUGCCACCGUGGAAAACCGAUUUGAACAGGUCUUCAUAAACAGCCUGAUAAAUGCAGUUAGCAGCCAUGUCGGCCAGUACUACUGGAUUGCCCUUCAGGACCAGGACAGAACUGGGGAGUACAGCUGGCUGCCAUUCAAUGGAUCUGCCCAGCCUCUUCUCUACACCAACUGGAACCGACAUCAGCCAGUCAGCAGUGGUGGGUGUGUGGCAAUGACUGGAGGCCAAGCUCUGGGCCACUGGGAGGUAAAGGACUGCAAAUCCCAUAAGGCCUUGUCUGUGUGCAAGCAGAGCAUCAGCAGUUACCAGGAAGUCCAGACCCCCUCCACCCACAUUGAUAAGGAUGCGCCCUGCCCCCCCGGGUGGGAAAGCAACCCCCAGCUGCUCCACUGUUACAAGGUGUUUCACAAUGAGAAGGUCCUACUGAAGCGCUCGUGGGAGGAGGCAGACUUGUUUUGCCAGGCCCUUGGGGCAAACCUCGCCAGUUUCCACCACUACGAGGACGAAGCCUUUGUGAAAGGGAUACUAGAGACGAUGUUUGAUUGGACAGAGAACCGCAUGUUCUGGGUGGGAUUCAACAAGAGGAACCCACAGUCUGCCGGUGCUUGGGAGUGGUCUGAUUCUACACCUGUUGUCUCAUCAUUCAUAGAAGACAAAAACAAUGAAGACGACUUGCACAACUGCGCUGUGUACAAUUACCCGAUCAACGCCAUGAUCCCUCAGCCCUGCGAUGCCAAACACGAGUGGAUCUGUAAAGCACCUAAAGGUGUGGAGUUGCAGAAACCAUAUUGGUACAUUGAGCACGAGGAGCCGUGGGUGUUCCACAGAGGAGCGGAGUAUUAUGUGGGAAAGCUGCUCUUUCAAUGGGAAGCCGUCUCCUUCGCCUGUAAGAUGAUGGGAGCAGACCUGGUGUCCGUCCAUUCAGCCGAGGAGCUCAAGUUUGUCAAAGGGCGGAUGGAGAGGCUGUCUCAAGGUUCUGCAGAGUGGUGGAUUGGACUGGCUUUGGAUCCGGUCAGUAAAGAAUACAGAUGGACAGAUGAGUCCCCAUUGGAUUACCAGAAUUGGGUGCAAGGGAGUGCCCUUCAGCCCCCAGCGACAAACAAUGCCUGUGUCUACAUGUCCUCACUGUCAGGACUGUGGUCAGUGGGUCAGUGUACUGGCUGGCGUGGCUAUGUGUGCAAACGCAGGACCGUGUCUGUCGCCGAAAUUCCCAGAGAGCCUCACCUUAUCGGUGGCUGCCCAGAGAACUGGCUAUAUUUUGGACGCAAGUGCCUUCUGCUGCACUUACCGAAGAGCCCGGAUAAUGGGAAAACCUGGAAGGAUGCUCAUGCUAUCUGCACCUCCUUCCAGGGCACACUGGUGGCCAUAGAAAAUGAGAUUGAGCAAGCAUACAUUACAAUGCUGCUGGCUAGUGAUUCACCGAGCGUUUGGAUCGGUCUCCGGGAUGAAGACACAAUGAAAUGGGUCAACGGGAAACCAGUCACAUACACCAACUGGUCCCCCAUGGAGCCUGAGUGUUCCGCCUCUGAUUACGAUGGGCAGGUAGACAGCGAUGAACCACUCUGCACUCUGCUGUCCAACAAUCACAAUAUCCACUUCACGGGGAAAUGGUACGACGAGAAAUGCACGGAGAAUGGGUACGGGUUUGUGUGUCAGAAAGCGCAAGACCCAUCUAAACCCCCAUCCCAAUCCUAUUUCCAUCCUCUCCCUGAUACUAUUGAGUACAAGAACCGCAGCUACAGGGUUGUCCAUGGCAACUUGAGCUGGUACGAGGCGCUGAAUAGGUGCUUAGAGAUUGAGACUGAGCUAGUGAGCGUUACAGACCACUUCCACCAAGCAUUCCUAACUGUCCUUGUGAAUAGAUUGGCAUUCCCCCACUGGAUUGGACUGUAUAGUCAAGACGACGGGAUAAAUUACCAGUGGUCGGACGGCAGCGACACGCUCUUCACGCACUGGGACUCCGGGGAGGCCGAGGACGACGACGGCAGCGAAGACGCGGGCGACUGCGUGUACAUGGACCCGCGCGGCGGCUGGAGGAGGGCAGACUGCGAGAGGCCGCUGCAGGGCGCCGUGUGUCACGCGCCCCCUCCCCGCCAAAGCUUUGUGUUCUCACACGAGGUGGUGUGUCCGCAGACUUGGGUGAAGUUUGAAAGCAGCUGUUACAGUUUUGAGCCCAUUAUACAGAGGCUGGGCAUGGAGCAUGCGAGAGAGCACUGCAAAAACAAAGCAAAUGCCUCUGACCUGCUAACCAUUAAAAGUGAGGAGGAAAACCGCUUUGUCCUGAAGGAACUGAAGUCUUAUGGAUUUCCACAUCAGACGAUGUGGCUCGGGAUUAUAUACGACACUGACAAUGAUGCCCUUGCAUGGGUUGAUGGCUCUCCAGUGAAUUAUUCAAACUGGCACUUCAAAGCCCCUAACAUGGACAGUCUUUCCAUAGACACAUGUGUCUCCAUGAGGCUGUCUAACAGUGUCUGGCAUUUGUCGGGCUGCAGUGACAAACUGGGAUUCGUAUGCAAAUUACGCUCAGACACAGUCACUGAAAUAGAGGUUCAACCACUGAAUGGGUUGCAUCAAGGAGUUGUUCCAAUCGCUGUCCUGGCCGUUUUGAUUUUUGGGGUGCUUGUAGUAUCACUUUGGGUUGUGUACAAGAGAAAUGCAGGGCAUUUCCGAAUUCUCUCAUCCAUAGGAAAUGCCUAUUACAGACAAGACAACUCACAGACCACAGAUCAAGAGGGAAAUGUUCUUAUCACAGACCUUGAGACAAACACUGUGGAGUAGAUUCUGCGUUACAAUUUUCAGUCACAUCUGCUGCGUGGAAUGUCUGAAUGACCUAAUGAAAUGUAUGCUCAGUUGGCAUAUGCUUUUCAAAUCAGGGAUCUGCGUAAAACUGCGUAAAAAAACUUUUAAAGAAGGAAAAUAAUCCCUCCUUUGCCUGAAGCACAUAUGAAGACCUGUUUCAGCAUUUCAAUUUACACUGUUCGCAAUUACAAAUUACAAAAGGAAUCAAUGAGAUUCAAAAAUGAAGUUGUUAUUCUUGUCAUAUGCAGGGAACUUAUGGUGAAUCAUGACUAAGUUAUUGUUCCAUGCAUGAAAUGUCUGUAAAAAUAAAGCUAAAUUAAGAAUGAACAUUAUGUCAUUCCAGGUCUUGCUUGAAUAUAUUUCCAGUUGACAGCGUAGGAAUAUUUGUUGUUUUGAGUAAUAAGCCUUGAGGCACUGUGUGUUUUUAUCAUAAAAUGAAUUAAUGUAUUUUAAGUUGUAAAAUUAAGAUUUACAGCAUAUAGAAACAUUGAGCACUGUUUACAGUAUAACCAAAACAUGUUGGUCCAUUUUUGUUGUAAUGUUGGUGUAAUUAAAAGGUUAUUCUUGUAAUAUCAGUUUAGUGAAUAAAAUUUGCCUCUGUUUGUAAAAAAUAUAUUGUUGUUUUAGCCUUUAAACAGGCACAAGAAUAAAAUAUGUAAUGGAAAUAAAGUCUUAUUUUGGCUCAUUUGGCCUUAAAUAUGAAA